AUGGACGGGCCGGAGGAGGACGGCGGCAUCGAGCUCCUAUGCAGCUACGCCCACGGCUUCAUGGUGUCGCAGGUGCUGUUCACCUCCUGUCAGCUCGGGGUGUUCGACACGCUGGCCCAGGCCCCCCUGCACGCCGCCACGCUGGCCGCCCGACUCGGUUGCAGCCUCACGGGGACACGACGGCUGCUGGACGCCUGCGAGGCCCUGAGAUUGCUGAGCCGAGACGCGUCGGGCCGCUACGCCAACACGGACAUGGCCGCCACCUACCUGACCAGCGAUGGACCCAAGUCUCAGAGGGACAUGAUGCUGUACCUGGCGCAAACGCCGUACCAACUGUGGGCACACCUGGGCCAUGCAGUCAGAGAAGGGCGGAACCAGUAUCUCCGAGCCUUCGGGACGCCUUCAGACGAUCUCUUCGCCGCCAUUUACAGGGCCGAUGAGGAGCGUGUGGCCUUCCAUCGGGCCAUGGAGGCCACGUGGCGCCUGGAAGGCCACAGGGUGCUGACGGCCUUCGACCUCUCGGCCUUCCACAUCAUCUGCGACGUGGGUGGUGAGUAUCCAGGGUGCUGGGUGCUCAGUCCCCCUGGGCUCCCUGUGGGCGUGUCCUACUCGAUAUGGGCGUGGCUUAAAUUGCUCCACGUCCCUGUGGGCGUGUUCUGGGUGGGUCCAGCCGUGGUGGGCGUGGCCGAGCACCUUGUGGGCGUGGCCUAG